AUGGAUCCUCUCUUCGUUAACUCUCCCGGGUUUGUCCACUCUCUCGGGUUUGUCCACUCUCCCGGGUUUGUUAACCUCUCAGCUUCACAGAACACUCAAACAAUAGACGUAGAGUCUUCUGAGUUCCCUAGCUUUAGUAGUCACAGCUCUGUAGGUCCUAAGCCACUGGAAAGACGCAAGUGGACACCAAAAGAAGACUUGGUGCUGAUCAGUGCUUGGUUGAACACCAGCAAGGAUCCGAUAGUCGGUAAUGAGCAGAAGGCAGGGGCGUUUUGGAAGAGAAUAGAGGACUACGUUAACGCAAGCCCUCAGCUCAAUGGCUUUCCUCCUAGAGAGUAUAGUCAGUCUUUGAAGAACCAAGCUAGUGGCCAAAACGAGAAUGAUGUAAUGAAGGUUGCGCAUGACAUCUUCACUAAUGACCAUGAGUACAAGUUCACUCUUGAACAUUGUUGGAGUGAACUCAGGUUCGAUCAAAAAUGGAGAUCACACUACAUGUCCAAAGAUGGUGCAAAGGACAAAGGGAAGGAAUCUACGGACAAGAGGAAGGAACAAGCGGAGGUGGUGGUCGACGAUGAAGAGGCUCGGCCUCCUGGUGUUAAGGCUACCAAAGCAGCCAAACGGAGGAAGCACGGGAAUGAAGCAGCUUUUGAUCAAAUAAACAACAUCCUAGCUGUGAAAAAUGACAUAUCGAAAAAGAAAAUCCUUAGCCGUCUCCUAGCCCAAACAGAAGAGACACUAUCUGAUAUUGAAGUCUCUCUUAAGAACAAACUCAUAUCUGAAAUGCUUUGA